UGGCAGUUCGCUUUUUGGGCUGAUUAAGAGUUCGACUUAACAGUGGCCGCUUAGUUGGCGUUCUUGCUAAUUAUUUCGGCACAUCGAGUCGGGAUUCUGGUGUUAUUCUUUUGUAAAUACUCUUAUUUGUAUAUACUGUAAAUGAUGACAUCGGUGGGCGGCAGCCGGAACCGGGCCAACUGGGAGCAGACACAGACACAGAGCCAGUCACAGCACAAGCAGAGGCCUCAGGCCACUGCCGAGCAGAUCCGACUCGCGCAGAUGAUCUCGGACCACAACGACGCUGACUUUGAAGAGAAGGUCAAGCAGCUGGUUGACAUUACUGGCAAGGACCAAGACGAGUCUAUGAUAGCGCUGCACGACUGCAAUGGAGAUGUCAACAGAGCCAUCAAUGUGUUGCUGGAGGGCAGCCCUGACACGGACUCAUGGGAGAUGGUUGGAAAGAAGAAGGGAGUGUCAGGCCAGAAGGAAACUGCACAGACAGAUGGAUGUGAAGAAGGGAAGGAGAAUCGAGAGAGAGGAGGUGGAGGAGGAGAGAGGGAUGUAGCACGUCGCAGAGGUGGAGCUCCGAGGAGGGGUCGCGGGGCCAGCCGUGGUCGAGAGUUCCGUGGUCAGGAGAAUGGUCUGGACGGAGUUAAGGCAGGUGGAGUAGCAGGCAGGGGCACUGAGCGUGGCCGGAGAGGAAGAGGCAGGGGGAGAGUUAGUCUCUGCACAUGUUCACCUGCCCCGCCUCUCUCACUGAACACAACUCGGCCCUCCCCACCGCCAAUUCUUUCUGCCCUCACAACACAUUUCUGUGCGGCUACUAGAAGAGGAGGAAGGUUUUCAGCUCAGGGCAUGGGUACAUUUAACCCAGCAGACUAUGCUGAGCCAGCACAGACAGAAGAGAGCUAUGCUGGAGAAAGCAAUUGGAGCAACACGGGCGACCUGGAACCAGAGGACAGUGCAAGACUUGAAUUUCCUAAAGAAGGAACAAAUAAUCCUCGCAAGUUCGAGUCUGCUCCUGGUGCUUGGCGAACUGCUACGGAGGAGUGGGGCACUGAGGACUGGAAUGAGGAUUUAUCAGAGACCAAGAUAUUUACUGCCUCCAGUGUGGCAACUAUGCCCAUGCCACAGGAAAAUGUGACCAUAACAGCUGGACAAAGGAUUGAUUUAGCGGUGCUACUGGGAAAAACGCCUCCCUCGUCCUCAUCUGAGACGGAGUCUGCUCCACUGGCGGUCUCACAGCCUCCAUCUCUAUCCCAGGGACUGGUUUUCAACAACUCCAAACAGUCUGUCCCGCUUCCCCAGCCUUCCUCCAGCACCUCAUAUAAUCAGCACAGCGUGGUGAGCAUGCUUAGUAAGGGUUAUGGUGAAGUGGGAGACUCCAAAGGCAGCACUGGAGGCUCCACCAGUGGCUCUCAGUUCCUGGAGCAGUACAAGACAGCACAGGCUCUGGCUCAGCUAGCUGCGCAACAUUCUCAGAGUGGCCCGCCCAACACGGGCCCUUCCAGCUGGGAGUCCAGUCCUGCUUCACUGGCACAGUAUGAUCUAAAAUCUCAGACAGAAGCGUCCGUGCACAGUCCUUUCACCAAACGUCAGCCUUACCAACCAACCUCCUCUUCCACGCCAUCCUCCAUGAUGGACACCUUCCUGCAGGACAAACCUCCUACCGUCACCUCCCUGCCCUCUCGGCCCAGCUCCUCGGCCUCUCUGGCCCAUGCCGUCUCCGCUUCAAAGCCGCCGGGCACCAUGACGAGCCAGCAGAUGUCUUCGGGUCCCGCCGAGCCUCAGGCUUCCAGUCCCCUUCCUCUUCAGCAGCAUAAGCUCAAACAACAGAAGAAGAGGACUUCCAUCACCACCAAGAUCCCUUCUUUGGCUGUAGAGAUGCCAGGUUCAGCAGACAUCUCUGGUCUUAACCUACAAUUUGGAGCAUUACAGUUUGGAUCUGAGCCUGUCCUGCCCGAUUAUGACACCUCAGCAGCAGCCACUACCACACCCGGCAAUGUGACUCAGAAUAGCCUCUAUACAAGCACCAACAGUGAGCAGGCUCCAACUCUGCCCAGUGCACCUCAGAUGGAAAUCUACGAGCAGAGAGCGCCCCAGACGAGACGCUACCCUCCAUCGGUCUCUUCGUCGCCACAGAAAGACAUGAAGCCCAAGAAUGGGUUCAGCUCAAUACAGACAACGCAGUCUUUGGAAGCUGCUGCAGUCUCCGCGAAGCCAUCGUCUGACUCUGCACCCUCCACUUUGUCAAACAUGGCUUCCUUGGCAGACCCAAUCUCAGGUCCAGCCUCUCUGCUGACAACAUCCAGUCAGACAGCUCUUUCUGGUCUCGGACAUGAUGACCCCUCAUCUAAUUCUAUUGCCCCCUCACAGCACAAUUCCCUUUCCACACAACAGAACAGUUUGGCUUCUUCAGUCCGUACAGCCAACACAAGUUUACUGCAUUCAAAUAUUGAUGGAGACUCCAGCCUGCACUCAUUCUCCUCAGUGUCAGCUGUGGCUCCCUCAUUGGUCCCUCCAUCCUCUUCAGUCUCAUCAUCAUCAGCAGCCCCCAUCUCCUACAGCGCCCCUGUUCCUCCUCCUUCCUCGGUCAGUGCCGCCUCCGCUCAGUCCAGUCUGGGGCAGGUCAGCAGUCUGGCUAUGGGUUUGAACAGUGUCACUGGAGUUGCUUCAAUAGUCCCACCGACUGCAGCUUCAUCCUCGGUUGCAUUAGCCGCUGCUGCACCUUCAUUGGCUUCAUCCCGCAGUGCUGCUGCCUCAGGGAAAGCACCUCCAAAUCUGCCUCCCGGAGUCCCUCCUCUGCUGCCCAAUCCUUACAUCAUGGCUCCUGGCUUACUUCAUGCAUACCCGCCUCAAGUGUACGGCUAUGAUGAUCUGCAGAUGCUCCAGACCAGAAUACCUCUGGAUUACUACAGCAUUCCAUUUGCUACUGCAACCACAGCACUGACUGGCAGGGAAGGCAGUUUGACCAGCAACCCAUAUUCCGCGGGUGACCUGACAAAGUUUGGUCGUGGUGACACAUCAUCUCCAGCUCCAGCCACCACGCUUGCUCAGGCCCAGCAGAGUCAAACCCAAACUCACCACACCACACAGCAACCCUUCCUAAACCCUGCAUUACCCCCUGGUUAUAGCUACACAAGUCUGCCAUACUAUCCAGGAAUGCCAGGUCUGCCCAACACGUUUCAGUAUGGUCCAGCGAUGUUUCCGGUCGCACCUGCAUCCUCCAAACAGCAUGGUGUAAAUGUUGGGGUCAAUGCUUCAGCCACACCUUUCCAACAGGCUAGUGGAUAUGGAUCCCAUGGAUACACUACUGGCUAUGAGGAUUUGGGCCAGGCUUCAGCAGGGAGCGGGGAUUUCUGUAAGGGCGGCUAUGGCACUGCUGUGGCUGCUGCCGCCGCCGUCGCUGCUGCUUCUGCACAAAACAAACCAGCCAGCUCGGUGUCCGCGCCCGGAGUUGGAGUCUCUGUGACGUCCAGCAACACUGGUGUUCCUGAUAUUUCAGGAUCUGUUUACACAAAGACACAGUCUUUUGAAAAGCAGGGUUUCCAUGCAGCGGCUGCACCAGGCGCCUCAUUCAGCGUUCCUUCUGCACUUGGCAGCGGCGGACCCAUCAACCCUCCGGCUGCCGCGCCCUAUGCCCCAGCGCCCUUUAUGCACAUACUUGCUCAUCAGCAGCCCCACUCACAGAUGCUGCACCACCACUUACAGCAGGAUGCUCAGAGUGGCUCUGGACAACGAAGUCAGAAUGCUUCCAUUCAACAGAAGUCCCAGAUCAACAAAUCUGUUUACAACAGCUACAACUGGGGAGGCAAUUGACACGACCAGCUUAGUGUCCGAAAAGGCUGAAAUUAGGGGACCCUUCUCUUCCACCUUUAAAGAAUUUCCUUUGUGCCCUUCUUCUUCUUUUUCUUCUCUCUGUCAGUUUCUUUGUAGUGCUCCCCCAUAUCGUGGUGGUGCUCUACUAAAGAGGUAGCAACGUUCCAGGGAGUUUGACUGGACAAGAAGUGUACAGGGACACUUUUUCUUUUCCAGCCAAGUGUUGCUUGUUUGCAGUUUGGAUUUUGUUUAAAAGUAAGAAAUAGAACACACCCAUCCCCUUUUUUUAACUGGUGGAAGCAAAGUCAGGGGGGGAAUUAGGGUCUGGGGAGUAGCCUUCCCCUGUAGCUGUCUCCUUCUUGGUUGCUUGGUUGGAUAGGUUUUUCAACCCCAGACCUCCCCCCUUCCCCUGUUCUUUUUCCCCUCCUGUUAAUUUUUUUUACCCAUUUUAGUUUGAGGAGGACAAAAAUACACGUCGUAGGUCGUUUGAAGCAGUUGAGUUAAUUUUGUACAAAAUCGAAAUAUAUAGAUAUAUAAAAAGUUAUGGUUGUAUGAGGGCACAAAGAAGCGAGGCGAUCCAUUCAUAUCAGAAUGUGAGUGGUUCCCCUCCUGUUUUAUUUUUUUGCGCUUAUAUGCAAGUCUGUAAUAAUGGUGGCCACUGGUGUGAAUGGACUUUUUUUUCAGCCCUUAAUUGUUGUACAUGCUUGAUCUAUGAAAAGUAUUUCCAUACCAGUAAUUCUUUAUUUUCUAGAAGCAUUUAUUUGGUAGGGGGCAUUUACUGUGACCUUCGAGUUGCCGCUAUCUCUUGUACUGGAGAAGACCUGAUCAGCCAUAACAUUAAAACCAACUCCUUGUUUCUACACUUACCAUAUAGAAGCACUUUGUAGUUCUACAAUUACUGACUAGUCCAUCUGUUUCUCUACAUAUCUUUUUAGCCCCCUUUCAUGCUGUUCGUCAGUGGUCAGGACCCCCACCGGACCACCACAGAGCAGGUAUUAUUUAGGUGGUGGAUCAUUCUCAGCACUGCAGUGUUAAUGACAUGGUGGUGGUGUGUUAGUGUGUGUUGUGCUGGUAUAUGUGGAUCAGACACUGUCCACCGUGUUCACUCACUGUCCACUCCUACCUAGUUGGUCCACCUUGUAGAUGUAAAGUCAGAGACGAUCGCUCAUCUAUUGCUGUUUGAGUUGGUCAUCUUCUAGACCUUCAUCAGCGGUCACGGGACGCUGCCCACGGGGUGCUGUUUUCUGGAUUUUUUUUUUUGGUUGGUGGACUAUUCUCAGUCCAGCAGGGACAGUGAGGUGUUUAAAAACUCCAGCAGCGCUGUUGUGUCUGAUCCACUCAUACCAGCACAACACACACUAACACACCACCACCAUGUCAGUGUCACUGCAGUGCUGAGAAUGAUCCACCACCUCUGUGGAGGUUCUGACCAUUGAAAAACAGCAUAAAAGGGGGGUAACAAAGCAUGCAGA